AUGUCCGACCUCGGAAAGCUGCCUGGCGUCGCCGAGGCGACCUCGACCACUGAGGAGCCCAAGCCGAUGUACCACAGGGACCCUUCGGACUGGGACCGGCCUGCGGUCCCGGUCACCAAGGCGUACAAGAACGAGGCGUUCCUCUCCUCCUCGCACGCGCGGCACCUGCGCAUCCUGUGCGAGUACGAGGAGACGAUGCAGCGGCUCCGCGCCAACGGCAUACGCGCCACAAUAAUGUUCUUCGGCUCCGCCCGCUCCAAGGACCGCGCUCAGUACGACGACGCCCUCGCCAAGAGCCGGAAGGCGGUGGCGGAGGCGCCCGACGGGUCAAGCGAGCAGGCGCUCGCACGCGGGACGCUCGAGCGGCUGCAAAAGUCAGAGUGGAUGUGCGAGUACAUGGAGAAGAUCCGGCAGCUCGCGCAGCGCGUGACGGAGUGGUCGAUCAAGACAAAGUACUCGCUCGCCAACCAGGUCUCGGGCGUCUCGCGCGCGACCACGGCGCGGCUGAUCGAGGAGGGGCGCAAGUCGCCAGCCGGGGGGCGCAAGUCAGCCUACCUGCCGCACUCGACCGACGACGCCUACCCGCGCCCGGCGGACGCGCCCGGCAUCUACGUGUGUACCGGUGGCGGGCCGGGCUUCAUGGAGGCGGCCAACCGCGGCGCGCAUGACGCGGGCGGCAAGUCGGUCGGGAUGGGGAUCACGCUGCCGUUCGAGACGGGGCUCAACCCGUACGUCACGCCGGAGCUGGCCUUCGAGUUCCACUACUUCUUCACGCGCAAGUUCUCGAUGGCCUACCACAUGCAGGCGCUCGUGGUUGCGCCCGGCGGCUUUGGCACCUUCGACGAGCUCUUCGAGCUGAUGACGCUCAAGCAGACCGGCAAGAUGCAGUCGGGGCUGCCGGUGGUGCUCUUCGGAAAGCAGUUCUGGCAGGAGGCGCUCGCCGACUCGGGCACCAUCAACCAGCGCGACGUCGACGAGCUGCUCUUCACCGACGACGUGGACGAGGCCUUCGCGUUCCUGACCUCGCACCUGCAGGCGACCUCGACGCCCCACUUUGCAGAGUGCGGGCUGCCGCCCGGCAUGGACCUGAGGCACACGACUAGCUGAAGGCCGCCCCGACGCCCCUACGGCCUCUACGGCCGACGCGCCGAUGCACGACCGGCCUCCGUCAGACGGCUCUCCGGCUGCCGAAGAGUCGCUUCCCUUCGAGCCUUAUCCUCCUCGGUGCGGCGCGGGCACUGUACCCUCUUUCGACAUCCGAGCCCCUCCCCCUUCCCGCAUCGGUCGGCGUCUCUCCAUGCAGCGGUGACUCGGGGCCGGGCGCGUGCCAGGUGCAUGCAGGAUGCACAGCAUCUGGGGCACGCGCUGGUAGACGCUAUUUGUACUCUCUGUUUUUUUGUACAUGGAUGCACCGCGCUCGUCGUAUGUGAUACGAUAUCGCGACUGGA